AGUAUAUAUUUGAAAUAAAUGUAAAAUAAAUUAGUAACUACUGUGAUAAUUAAUGUAAAUUUCUUGAACACAAACAGUAUAUUAAGUGUUAGAAAACAGAAGUAACAGUAGAAUCAGUAAUUCCUGUAUUGUGUAAUUGUUUAAAUCACAAAUGUUGAUAAUUUUGCUAACAAUAUUAAUAGAACGCUUAUGGCUUUCCGAUUAAAUAUUCAUCUGCUUCCCAUUAUUUUGCGUGAAAAUAAAAAAGUGAGGUAAAGCACUCCAGUAUAAAGAAACUGUAAAAGUGGGAGGUGCUGGUCUCCAUAGUAACCACGCACCUCCCCACGUGCGCCUCCAUUUCCCUCUUCAUUUAUUUAUUAUUUUCACGCCGACACAAGUGAGAGGGACACUGCCGCAAGUGCCGGGGUGCUCCUUCUCCUCUUCUGGUUUGUCAUUAUUACUGUACUGGUCUUCAAUAUCGCCUUAUGUAAUUUAAAAUUGCGGCUCAAAUGUACUGUAGUGCGACUGCGUCCGCCUAAUCAUAGAUGUAGUUUGGUGAAAUCAAGUGAAAGUGAAAGUACGAUUUUCCUUGUGCUCUUGCUUACCACGAAUAGACGCCAUGAAGUUGACGGGAAUCAUUUUGUGUGGCUUCUUCGCAACAUGCGCGUGUGCCUCUGGGGUGGCAGACAUAGUUCUGUCCUGCAAGUUCGUGGAGAACUCGUUGGGACAGCACGCCUUGACUUGGACUCCGGCCACCCUCAUCUUGAGAGAAGUCAUCAUCGGUUCCGAUGAAAGCCUUGAAGCGCUCACUCCAUUUGUCCCGCCGCCCAACGUGGAUCCACGUGUCAUUAUAUUGGAGUCCAAAGCGUCAUCCUUCGAGAUUCCCAACGCGGCCGUUCUGCUACAUGCGAACUGCAACGAGCAGGAGGUGAUGUGCGAAAUAAGCAGCUACACUCGCCACGGCUCGAAGGAAGGCUUGGGACCUGACGAUUUCCUGGUGUCCAUCGUUGUGGAGGGUGGUGCUUUCAGCACUUUGUUGAUCCUGCGUGUCAUACCACUGGUCAAGGACCAAUCGGGCCUGAUCCAUGAUGUACUGGGACUCUCUCUGACCCAGGAUGGAAUGCUGCUGACUGAGGUGUCCUUCCUGGUGUUUUCCACUUUCAAGUCCCUAACUGCACCGCUGAGAGGUUUCUGCCUCCUCAAUUGCGGCUUCAGGCAUCAGGACGUGUCGCCCGAUGAAGAAGUGAACAUCGAGUGGUACCAGCAGGAUCGGGGACGAGGGCAGAAAGUCGUCAAGAUGGUGACGAGGCUGAACGAUCCGGAAGGCAGCGCGGUGUUCCAUCCGGGGAGCGGCCAGUUGAGCAACAACGCCGUGCAAGUUGUGAGCGAGGGCAACGCCUCUGUGACACUCAACAACCUGAAGGUUACGGAUGAGGGUGCCUACAUCUGCUCCGUCACUGUCGGACCUUUCCGGGGUCAGCAGGUGGUUAAACUCCACGUGGCUCAACCACCAAGUGUUUCACUUUCCAAGAAGAAGCUAAUUUUGAAGGGAAAUACAGCACAAACUCUAAGCUGCCAUUGUAGUCAAUACUACCCUCUAGAGGCUCAGGUGGAGUGGCUGUCACAAGCGCCGACGGACGAGAAGCCCUUGGCCUUCCCCGAUCAGGGCUCGCUGUCCAGCCACCGCAAGCACGGCGACGGCACAUACUCGCUGUCGUCCCACCUCGUCGUGCCACCCGGCGUCGCCCCGGGAACCCGAAUCACCUGCAGGGUGUCCCACACGGCUCUGGACGCUCCUGUUUCCGUCAGUGUGCUGGUCGAACACCUGGAUGCAGAUGAUUACUUGUGGGUGUUGUCAAUCCUGGGCAUCACUGUGCUGUUCUUCUACCAACUCAUCAGAUAGACACUAUUUAUUUAUUUCUAUUUUUUAAUUAAAGCGGGUCCUUUACUGAUUUAUUUUGAAGUGGUGCCUGAAGAUAUUUUGUGAGCAUUUACAGAUACAAGCCAAUGAGUGCUACACCACUACACAACUCAACACACUUCACCAAAAAAAAAAAAAAAAACAUCCUUACAAAACUGGUUUCAAGGCAAUGCCACUCGUUGCUGAACUUCACUGUCAAACGAAACAUCAAACAAAAAUUGAUUUUAACCCUGGGUGUUUAAAACAACUACAUAGUUUCGGCUAGCCUAAAUUGAAAUAAAAAUGUUUAAAAACGUACAACAUUUCCAAGGGAACUUUCAUUCAUUUCUUUUAUUGGCAUCAGCAAAAUUGACAAGCAUGCACUUAUUCUUGCGAGCAUUUUCACCUCUCGCUUGCAUUGUCCGUGUAAACCACAAAACUUGUUUAGUUCCAAAUGACAGCGUUUCGCUAUAUAAUGAGAUUGUUUGUUAGCUAGGAGGAAAUGCACGUGGUCGUCGUUUUUAACGUGAUCCAUUCACAAUUAGUCUUCAAAGAAGAAAAAAUGAGCAUCUUGUCUAUCGAAACAACCCCUCUGCACAAAAAUAUCCCGAAAGUUACUGUCGAGCCAAACAUGGCGGAUGCUUGUCAGAAUGGCUACGUGAUGUUAGCGGGUCGGAGUGCCCGACGUUUGGCACGUGUGAGUAGUUCUACGGGAUCGGGAGGACCUUAAACGCACGGGGGAGGGGGGGGGUCGUUGAACCCACCGACGAGAGGCUGGAAGAGGGGAAUAAAACAACGGAUGCAGGAGUGGCGCUUUUAGGACGGGUGAAAAAAAUGCUGUGGGCACGUUUGCCAUGGAAACCGGAAACAAAUCUCAUCUCGACUGAUUUUUGCCUUCGUGUCGGAGUGACCGGACCCCAGCGAAAGCCGGAUUGGGCCACUCUUGUGACUGCAUUUGAAAAUCAAAUGUGCAUGGAAAAGAUGUAAAAACUUCAUUUUAAUAAUAAAAUG